CCCGCCCACGCCCCGCUCGCCAGCCAGGGCAUCCUCUCCCUCUUCCUCCCCACCCCGCCGCCCCUCCUCACCCACGACCACAUCCCCCCCACACUCGCCGACAUCAUCCGCAUCACCGCCUAUCUCGUCCACCUCGGCCUCCCCCUCGAGCUCGCACUCCGGAUACUAGACGAGGCGCGGUACUGGGCCGGGUGCAGGCGGGAGAGCAAGAAGGAGGUGAUGGUGUACUCCACACGCGAAGGCGGGUAUGUCAAGCGCGGGGCCGAGUGGUCUACCGGCCAGGAGGACGAGGUGCCGCGGGGCGCGAUGGCGAGCGGUGGCGGGCUGGACGGCGGAAAGGGAAAAGUGUGGUACCUUGUGUCGAGCCCGAUUGGAUGUUUCGGUGAUCCCACGCAUACAAGAGCGGGACAUGGAGAACGAAGGGCGUGGGUGAAGCAAGUCGUGAUCGAGACGUUUUCAAAGGAUCAAGGAUGGUCAAACUAUGCCCAGCAUUAUGGCACCUACAACAGCUCGUACUCCUGGUUCGAAGUAUCCCUCCUUAGAGGAGACAAGGAAGUCCCGGGCUCUCGCCACAUUGUCCAGCACAACGUCCACGCCGGGCAAUACUGUAAAUACCACACCAACACUCUCACAAUCGAGCAUCCUGCGCUCCAAUUAGCCCAGCAAGGCGACCGGAUCGUACUUUGGGUACGAGCACUUUACCCCGGGUGGAGCAACUGGAUACGGGAAGGCGCCAUCACCGUGUUCAGUGCUCCAUUCCCCCAGGCCUGAUGACUGGCUCGAUCGAUCACCCUGCUUGAUUACCUUGGCUUUGUACUCUACGUAUCCCUUGUUGUUUGUCAGUGUUGUAAAUGUAGAAUCGACAAAUAAUAGUUCCAUGGCGCGACUGAUUUCAAAAAAAUCCCAUUCUCUCCUAGUCAGAACCACCUCUCGAGACACACUCUUCUAGUCGCUUCAACAAACCAUGAAGACGAGUCGGACCCUAGCUCAAAGGCUCUGCUGGUCAUAAUCAAACCCUCCCAGACGACCUAAGCACCCAAAGUCUAAACCCUGGUCCAAAACCACACACAAUACCUGUACUCCUUUCUCACGACUCUCACACGUCUCUGCUACUUGCUGCUGGCCUGUGAGAGCUGAGGACAAGACGUCAGGAAAGGAAAUGAAAAAAUAAAAUGGGUUCACGCUACAUCGUCAUAGACUUUGGUCUAGUACUAGAUCAUCUGUUUUAUCGCUGUUUAUGUUAUCAUUCUUCUUGUCGAGAGGGAGAAGAGAAGGAGGAGCAGGACCAUGCGCACGGACCUCGGGCGAAUGC